AUGCAAGACAACAGUUCGGUUCGGCUCUUCGAGGCCGAACGCCGCGCAUUCAAACACUACUGUCACGAGCUCAAGGACGACCUCUUAGAAAAUAACUUGGCAUCCCAGCACGAGCUCAACCAACGGCUAUAUCACAUUCAACUCUCCUUAGAAAAGCUCCGCCGUGCCGGGCAGAUGAUGGCCAUCGAUUGCCCAGCGAGCGAGCUCUCCCAAUCUGUCCCCAUUAACUUUUUCACUGCUCUUGUCGAGCGUACCAAUCAAGUCCCUAUGACGGAGUUUGAUUGGGCCUGCUUCUAUACCCAGGACACUUUGAACAUGCUGACCAGUGAUUUCAUGGAAAAUUCAGAUCGCAACGUUAUUGCCCGCCACAUCGAGAGCCAGGCAGUGCUUUGGGAUUUGAACCUGCCAUUUCCUCCCACCCUCUCCGGCGCCAAGUUCUCUUUCCCGCCUGUUCCUGUUAAUGAACACCAGAUUCCUUGGCCCGGCCGUUUGACGCCGCGUGUUCGCCCGGUUAUUGAUCGCCUUGAGACUAUCCAUGAAGAAUCUGAGCCUGAGUCUGAGGGCUAG